CUGAGACGCAGCACGAGCUCUAUCAGCGCUGAGCAGACUGCACGAGCUGCGACAAGCCCCGCCCACCGGACACCUGUCACCUGCCUGAUAGACUCUGACUGUGUGUCAGCUGAUCUCAGGUCUGUUUGACUACGACAUGUUGUCAUGUGACGUCGUGUGAGGAUCAGAUCUGUCAGUUCGUCCUUCAGUCUGACAGCUGCUGCCGCUUCUCUGACACAGCAUCAACACACUUUAAUCACUGUUUCACCCCUGACCUCUGACCCCUGACCUCUGACCUCUGAGGUCAUGUUGGAGAAUCACUCUUCCAUCAAACCGAGGAUGUUCUCGUCAUGUCUCUCACUGUGAAACCACCUCCACCCUCUUCUUCUGUGGUGGACCUUUCCCCUCGCAGGAUGCUCCUCCUCCUCCUCCUCGUCCUCCCGCCGCCCAACCUCAUGAUGACAUCAUCACCGUUUACCGUCGCUCUCUGGCGCCACGGCAACAGAUUCUCCGCCAACAACAUAUGUCAAUAUUUGGAGAAGCCGGAUGGAGGACUGACGGUCCGCUGCAGUGGACUGAGACUGACACAGGUACCUGUCGGCCUCUCUAAUCUCACCAUUCGUCUGUUUCUGGAUAAAAACCUGCUCAGCUUUCUGCCGACUGAUUCGUUCUCUGACCUGUUGCUGCUCAAUGAGCUUGACCUGUCACACAACCAGCUCUCCUCUCUUGAAGCCGGUUGUUUCCGGGGUUUGGAGUCCUCUCUUCGUUUCCUGGACCUCUCAUCCAAUUGGCUGUCUGCACUGGACCCAGCGGCGCUCGGCGGGCUGCGAGCUGCCGCCAACCUGACGCACAACCCCUGGCACUGUGACUGUAGGAUGCAGCUGUCGAUGCCUCAGUUGGAUCUGGAUCCAUCAUCUCUGAACGAGGUCGUCUGUCAAACCUCUGACCUCCCAAACCUCGGAGCUGUUGGGAUGCCGCUGGUCUUACUGGUGGAGGACUGGGAUCUGUGUCUGUCUGUGAGGAGAACCACCGAUGUGGUGAUGCUGGUCACCAUGUUCCUCUGGUUCUCCAUGGUCAUCUCCUACCUGGUCUGCUACAUCCGACAGAACCAGGAGGACGCCCGCCGCCACAUGGAGUACCUGAAGUCCCUGCAGAGCCACCAGGUGUAGAGGACAGAGUGCCACCUGGAGGAGACCAGGAGGAGGUCAUGGUCUCUAUAUUUGGUGAAAUGGCCCACCUGGUCUCCUGGAGAGGUUGGAAAUCAUCAGAGUCAUUCAUAUCUCCUCAAGGACCCCUGGAAACCUCUCAAGGACCCUUAAAACUCCUUAAGAACUCCUAGAACCUCCUUAAGGACCUCCAGACCUACCUCAGAGAAAUCCAUCUUAAGGAUGAGUUGAUCAUCGUCAA